CAGCUGCUUCUUUAUUUAUCUUUUCGUUUAUUCUGUUUGCUCUUUGAAUUUCCUAAAAUAGAAUAGAACAUGAAACCUCAUUUCAUCCGUUACUUGCCUAAUUCCUUAUAGGCUAUUCGUGAUUUUAGGAAUCAAUCAAAUUCCAAACUCUCUCUCUCUCUAAUUUUCCCCUGAGCAAAUAAUUUUACCAUCUCUCUCUCCGUGAUUCUUCUUCUCUACUGACCAAAGUCUUCCUUUGAUUUCAAUUUGUUUUCUUCAAAAAAAAAAACAUUAGACCCAGAAUACUUAUAGUCGGUUUUAUCAAAUAUAUCGAAAUCAGUCGUUGCUAAUCUUACAUUUUCCAGUUUCGUUAGAUUUACAAAAUCUCCUCUCGAUUUCUAUUCCCCUUCUUGUAGGUUUUCCUUAAAUUUGAUUUUGGGAUCUGCGUCAAAUCCAUUAAGUCCCGGGAUUGGAUUAUAUAGGUAGAGAAUCAUAAGUCUAAGCACCAAUUUGGUAUAAAAAAUCAAAAAACAGAUUUGAUCCAAAAAGCUCGAAUCUUUGUUCCCUGUUUGGGAUUGGUGGUGGGAGGAUUUGAUUGCCACUUGCCAGCGACGAAGAAGAGGAAGAAAGGAUACGGAGGCUAAUUAAAGUAAACAGUUUCCUGAUUCCGGUCAGGAAACUGUGGAGGAUAAUGGGCUGCAAUUGCUCCAAAGGAACACGAGCAAAUGAUGUCGAUGAAAGGAACAACAACAACGUCAAGGAGCCAAGAAGCAAGCCUAUUAACAAAACCUCCAAGAAGAACAAGAAGAAGAAAAAGUCUGCUUCCUCGAGCAAAGCAAAUGUAGGUUCCGAGGAAGGUUCGGGCUUUAUCAAUGGCAACAGCAACGAAGCCACCUUGAGGCUCUUAAUACCCACCGAUGCCAAGAACAACGCUUCUUCAACUCCCUUAUCAUCUGAUGACGCUGAGAAGACGCCGAGUCUCGAGAGAAGAUCUUCCAGAUUGGUGUUCCAGAGACGGCCCACCAUUGAGACCCAUAAACUAGGGACGUUACAGCAGCCUAAGAUGACUAGAAUAAGCAGCGUUAGUAACGGAGAAAGAGGAGCUCAGGUUAUGGCUGGUUGGCCUUCUUGGUUGGCUUCAGUUGCAGGUGAAGCUAUCAAUGGAUGGAUCCCGCGAAAGGCAGAUUCUUUCGAGAAGCUUGAAAAGAUUGGGCAAGGGACGUAUAGCAGUGUGUACAAAGCCAGGGACCUCGAGACGAACCAAAUAGUUGCACUGAAGAAAGUGCGGUUUGCUAAUAUGGACCCCGAGAGUGUUAAGUUCAUGGCAAGAGAGAUUAUCAUCCUUCGAAGGCUUGACCAUCCCAACGUUAUGAAGCUUGAAGGUUUGAUCACUUCGAGGGUCUCAGGGAGUAUGUAUCUAAUCUUUGAAUACAUGGAACACGAUCUCGCAGGCCUUGCUUCAACCCCUGGGGUUAAGUUCUCUGAGGCACAGAUUAAAUGCUAUAUGAAACAGCUGCUUCAUGGUCUAGAACACUGUCAUAGCCGAGGUGUGUUGCACCGUGACAUCAAGGGCUCUAAUCUGCUGCUUGACCAGAACAACAAUCUCAAAAUUGGAGAUUUCGGUCUUGCCAAUUUCUACGGGAGCCACCAGAAGCAGCCUCUCACUAGCCGUGUUGUAACCUUGUGGUACCGUCCACCGGAACUAUUGCUCGGGUCAACGGACUAUGGAGUUACUGUGGAUCUGUGGAGCACCGGUUGCAUUCUAGCUGAACUCUUUAAUGGGAAGCCUAUCAUGCCUGGAAGAACCGAGGUCGAACAACUACACAAGAUCUUCAAACUUUGUGGGUCACCUUCUGAAGAGUAUUGGAAAAGAUCGAAACUUCCACAUGCGACCAUCUUCAAACCUCAGCAUCCUUACAAGCGGUGUGUAGCCGAGACAUUCAAGAGUCUUCCAUCUUCAGCUUUGGCCCUCGUGGAAGCUCUUCUAGCUGUUGAACCAGAUGCCCGAGGAACCACAGCUCAUGCCCUUCAAAGCGAGUUCUUUACGACAAAGCCCUUUGCAAGCGACCCAUCAAGUUUACCAAAGUACCAACCGAGAAAGGAACUUGAUGUGAAGCUUCGAGAGGAGGAAGCAAGACGAAAGAAAGGCACAAGCAGUAAACAGAAUGAGUCGAAAGAAGCAUCUAAAGCUGUGCCGGCUCAAGAUGCCAAUGCCGAGUUACUGGCAUCUAUACAAAAACGUCAAGGGCAGAAUAACCAGACAAGCAUGAGCGAAAAGUUCAAUCCUAACGAAGAUGCAGCAGCUGGCUUCAGGGUCGAGCCACUAAAGAGUAGUGGAAACGAACAAAACGGUUACACGCGUUACGGUGUGUCCUCGGUUAAUAGAAACGGAGAGAAUGUUAUGAUGAGGGGUUCGAGUCGGUCUCCUCCAAGAAAAGAACUGAGGACACAGCGGUCUUUUGUUCAACGCGGAGCGGCCCAAUUGUCAAAGUUCGCAAACUCGGUAGCUGCUAGAGAUGCAUCACAUUUCGCCAUAGCGAAUCCACGAUGGUUUGAAGAUAGGUAUAACAAUAACAACGGAAGGCAAAACGAUGGUGAUUGGUCCCAACGUUUGCUGGUUAAACCCAAAGAUUAUACAAAAGACAAAGAAUCCAUACGGGGAAUGAACUACUCAGGGCCAUUGGUUUCUGCAGGAGGAAACUUGGAUGAAAUGUUGAAAGAACAUGAAAGACAGAUUCAGUUAGCGGUACGCAAAGCUCGGACAGAUAAGAAGACAAUUAGGGACAAUAAUGGACAAACUCAAGCGUUUCUUGCUGCAAAUGGCACGUGAGAUAUCAAAAAGAAGAAAAGAAGAAACUUUUGGGGGUAAUCUGAAAAAGGAGAUUGAAAGUUUGAGAUUUUGCAAUUUAGAGUCUAUUGAUCUUGUGUAAAGUCGAAAGCUAAAAAUUGUAUAAUUUAUUAAUUCUUCAUUCUUUAAAAAAAAAAAAAUUAUCAAUCUUGGUAGAAUAUUCACUUAGAAGAAUCAUUAUCGUAGUUCAAAAGAAAAAUCAUUAUUGUCC